GGAUCAUAGAGCACGGUUACUUCUCUACGGGAGGACGUGGAUGACCUCAGAAGUAGUUCAAGUUGCUGCCAUAAGGUUAUGCCCUUGUGCCCCUGGACUGCCCAGAUUGAUCCAAACGGUGUCAAGGCCAGGGUUUGCCUGCUGUGUUAUGCAAUGGGCAUUGAAGAAGGGGUCAUAAUUGAGAAUGGAAACUGCUCAGUGGCGUCCUCGGACACAGAUUCUGUUAUUUGUUUGCCGCCAGAGACGCUAGAUGAUCUGUCACAGAAACCCGCCACUCCGGUAUCCCCUGAUGGCCAUCCGUUCCCGUAUAACCCUGAUCUUCUACAAAAUGACGCCUACAGUCCGCUGGUGGCAACACCUUUCAGAAAUAAAAAUGCCAGUGGGUGCGAGUACAGUGAAGCAACGCAUGGAAGCAGGAGCAGUGGUGGCACCUAUAGUGAGCAAAGCCCCAACACCAUUGACGGGUCCAUUUGCCGCUUCAACACCAGCGAGGGGAGCGGCAGCUUCGGAGAGGAGUUGCGGGGUCAAGUGGUGGGUAAUGGGGGCAGCGACAGCUUCCUAGAAGAGUCGCGAGGUCCGGCUGUCAAUAUGGAUCGUUCGGACAACAGCACCGAUACAGAAAGGGUGGUCGAGGUGGUGAGUGCGACGGAAAACAAUGCGAACAGAUGGGACGCUCUCGAGGAGCAGGAGCCUUCGUCCCUGGAAGAGGCUAUCUUUCUCAAGCGACCGUCCCUCGUGUACCCGAAGCUCGAUGAACUGGAGACAGAGAAAGAUAAAGCAAAUGGCGACGUUCGAGAAUCCCUUGAAGAAGCCAUCUUUUUGAAAAAACCGACUUUCAAGCUUUCGGGCCCAUCCCUUCGGGCGACAUCGAUGCGGGAGGUGCCCAUUCUCCGUCUACCGUCGAAGAAAAAACGCGGAGGCCCAUCGGGAGUCCCGGGAUAUGAGGGUCAAGUCCCCCGUGUAGGGCCGGCGGCUCAUGAGAGUUCGACGGCUCGGUCUGAUGAAGAAGUGGUUGAUCUGCUGGCUGUUAGACUCCCGUGGAGUGGUGGAGCAGUGGCUGCUGCCGAUUCAAAAUCAGCAGUGUUGCAGUGGCAGGCUGACAGUGUUUGCAGAUGGAUCGAAGCAACUGUCCCGUUUCCGCCGAGCAGGGGCCUGGAAUACGGACAUUCAUUCAGAUUGGCUGGAGUGGACGGCCUGACGCUUUUGACAAUGCAGAGGUCUCAUCAUGCAUGCAAGAACAUGACAGAUGCAGAUUGGCAGACAUUCAAGACGGCUCGCAGGCGGCUGCUGACCGGCCGAGGUGCUCAUGGCUAUGGCUCAGCACCGGCGACGACGCGCAUGGCAGCGAGCGACAGCGCUUGGCAUACCACGGAACAGCCUACAGCCUUCUUCUCCAGAAGUGUAAGCACCUUGUCCGGCGCUGCAAGUCUCAAGAAGCUCUCACAGACCCGGAGCAGAUCUAAUGUGUGGCCAGCUUGUUCCUCGAGUCCUGCGAGGUCUGAGAGUGGGAGCAGCUCUGUAAGCUGGCUGUGGAACCUUGUCGGAUGGAGAAAAGAGAAGGGGCUUGAAGAGCAGCUGGGUGAAGUGACUGAGGAGGUUCAGGAGCUGAGAGGAGAAUUGACCUGCGCUGAAGAGAGGGAGGCUACGCUUCAGGCUGUACUCGAGCAUUUGGAUGAUGUGUUGAAGUCGUCGCAGUUGGCUGAGUACAUCUACACGAGGACGAGGUGCCUUCUCAGAGAUCCGUUCUUCUACACAAAUGAAGAGAAAGACAAUGAUGACGACGACGAAGAAGAGGAUGACGAUGAUGGUGGGGAGUGGUUGCAGCGGUUUGUCGUCCUUCAUGAGGACACCAUUUCUUACUACAUGCUUGCGACAGACAUACAUCCCCAGGGGACGAUUCCUAUCGCGCAAGUGGUUGAGGCAGCUGUCAUUCCGCCCGAAGACGUGCAAAUAGCCGAAGAGGGAUGGUUUGCGUUUCAAAUUACGACAUGUGAUCAGCUGAGAUUAGAGUGUGCGACAAAGAACGCGUGCAAGGUGGAGACGUGGUUGGGCACCAUAGCUGAGAAGAGGCGGCAGCUUCAGCAAGUGGAUCCACUUCUCGGGAAGAUCGAGCCUUGGGGGUCCAGAAAUGGGUUGUUUCAGUUAAAAAUGAGUCCAGCAUAGGUGGCAUUUACAUCGCAUGAUGCCCGCGGCUUUCCGUCUUGCAGCUGAUGUGUCUCGCUCAGUUGGCAAGGCAUCAGGUGAUACUCUGUCUGUCUCUCUCUCCAGGGACAGCUUCUUUUCAUCUCUGAAAGGUGAGAUGUUUGGAUGACCACCAGAUUGCACUGGCCCCAUCAUUUGUGAGUGGCAGGGACAAACUCCUCCCGUUGCGAAAAGGCAAUACAGGGAAGAACUACCCCCGUCUUGCGCCGUCAGCAAAAAGGUAGUUGCUCAAGUGUGCCACCAGUGAAAAACGAUGGCCUGGUGUGGGUGGGAUGCUCUCGCUCUCCUCAAGCAACUAUGUGGGCGUCAUGAGUGGGCUUUCUGCAUACCGUUGUCGUCAGUUGGCCUCUUCCGCGUCGGCGGGCCAUGCCGAUGCCAAUGUCGAUGGGAUGCUAAUCGCCAGGCUAUGGACUGAUCCUCUCUGCAUGUGAGUAAAUAAAGGGUGAGUAUUACGGAGUAAAUAAUGGAUUACCAUUUCACACAUUGACAAGCGGACGAAGGGGUUCCACUCAUAAAGUGCAUUGACUUCGAAGAGCUUAUAUUCUAAGUGCGGAAAAAAAAAAGGUCGAAACCUUACACUCCGAAAAGCUAGCACAUGAUAGAUAGCUAGCACGCGGCGUGGACGGAGAGACGCACGUGAGUUGGUCAUCUUGGUAAUGCUGUCUGCAAGCUAUGUCGGCUCGAAAGCCGGAGCAUGCGCCGGAUGUAGAACUCCGACUAUACCAGGAUGGAGUUCUCAUUGGCAGGGAGGUCUUACGCGUCAUUCCUGUGUCGAAGAUAGCCUUUCCAACUAGACCGAAGAAGAAGGCAAAGGCGAAGGUGAGUACAAGUAAGACAUCAGCAGCAGGAGCACUGCUUGCCUGAUGACUGAGUAUCUGGUCACAUAUGUGUACACUGUACAUAGCUGCUGCCACUUACAAUGCUCACAGGCGACAAGGCUGACUAGGCAUGCUCUGCUUACCAGCAAGCUGUCUGAUGAUAAAUGGAGCAUCCAUGUGUAGAUCAUUGCAUGCGAUAAAUGGAGCAUCCAUGU